AUGAUAAUACUAUAUGGAAAAACCCAGGUACACAAAGAUAUAUCUCUCAAAAUUGAUCCAAAGAUGUUCGAAAUUUCAGUAAAAAUAUUCACACUUUUUUUAUUUUUUAUUUCUGCGCAAGGAGAUAGUCCUAUAAAUAAAACAUUGCCCAAUGUUCCAGGUUGUGAAAGCUGUACAAUGGCAAAUUUUAAGUACGGCAAUAGGACAGGCUAUCAGUGUCACUAUGAAGAUGGGACUGCAGUUAGGACCAGAUUCGGAUCAACUGAAUAUGAGUACCCGGAAUGCGUUCCGAGGGAGUAUGAGCUAACUCGGGAUAUUAACGAAUACUGCUGCUUCUGGUCACCGGAACUGGGUUGUACGGUACUGCUUGGGGGAAAAUCCCAAGAUCAAUUUCUGAAAACCUGCAAUCGAUGCCUGGAAAUUUGCGACCAUCAACAGGUCGAUGAUAAUGUGGGGAUUAUUGUCAUGAACAGUUCUAGAACCAUGUUGAAAUUGAAAUAUGCAAUGUUCAAGUUCAAAAUGACGCCAGAACUCUUCAUUUCCCCUUUUGGAAUCAGUGACAAGUAACCCCAGAAGACGGCGACACAGCUGUCAAUAUACUAAAACUACGUAGAAAUUUCUUAACUGA